GUUAGAAGUUACAUUAGCUUAGUGCUUUUAGUCUUUCAUAUAUCUCAGUACACUUCCUACAUACGCUGUCCAUUCAUUCUCAUUUUGUGGCUGUUAUCAUACAUGUUUCGCUCGUGACCACAACAUGGAUAAAUACAAUAAAAUUAAAUCCCGUGUAAACAGCUAAGCAGUUUAAGCUGAGCUUCAUGCAAAACUAAAGCUCACUAACAAUAUUAUUAAAAUCCAAGUUGUCUUCUGACGUUAAUAUUUUUGUUGUUGUUGUGUAUAAUUUGAUAAAAUGUGGAAACUAAAUCCUAUUGUGCGACCACAACAUGGGUUUCUUCAAUCGAUAUUAACAAAAGAAGUGCAAGCAAACAAGUGACUAGUUUUAAACCGAAAAUACGAAGUAUGAGGACUAGUAAAUAAAUUUUAUCAGGAAAAAAAUAGAACAAAACAAAUGUAAUUAUGGCAUCGAAAAAACUAGGGUUGAAAAAAACGGAAGACACUGAUGAAAUAAAAAAGACAACGAUGGCGCAAAGAAGGUGGAGAUUAUUAGCGCGAGCAUUAACUCACUCGUCAGAGCAAUUAAAUCCAGCUGAAGAAGAAAUCUCAGUCCGUCGUUUCACCUCAUUCGGAUUGGUUAAUCCAACGUUAUUAGAAAAUGCACCAGUAGAUCCAGAGUCAUCCUGGUAUGAGUACAGUUGUGUAAUUGAAAACGAACUGUUCAUUGCUCAAGUACGACGAAUCAACAAGACCUUCACAGCAAAUGAGCUUAUUGGUUUUAAUAACACCGGUAACGUGUGUGUAUGGCCGUCUGAAGAGUGUUUGGCUUAUUAUUUAUUGAACAAUCAAAAUAUUUGCCGGGAUAAAAUUGUAUUAGAGUUGGGAGGUGGUAUGAGUUGUCUUGCGGGUGUGUUUGUUGCCAAAUAUUGUGGACCCGCUGGUGUAACACUUACUGACGGCAACGUCACUAGUGUAGACAACGUAAGGUGUAUAGUUGCCAGAAACAACAUGGAAGACUUUGUAAAAUGCGGUGUGGUGCAGUGGGCCAGGGCAGCUGCUUUACUUAGACAAUCUGCCAACGGCAAUCGAGUUCAGACAACAUGGUGUUUGGAAAGUGGCGACGAUUCACGUAGAACAGAGGGCCUUUACGAUGUGAUACUCAGCGCAGAUUGUUUAUUUUUCGAUGACGUGCGACUUGAUCUUAUUGAAACAAUUUACGGUUGGCUUGCAGACGAUGGAAUUGCACUGAUGAUGGCACCUAAGCGCGGUACGACAUUCCAGAAAUUCGCUGAAGCGGCAGUCAAACGCGGAUUCUUAGCUAGACAGAUGGAAUUGUACGAUAGUCAAGUAUGGUCAAGACAUCUUGAGCUAUUACAGCAUAAUCAUGAAUACUCAGCCGAUCUUCAUUAUCCUAUUUUGCUCGAGCUUACUAAACAAAGAAAUCCAUCCGCAAGUUGAGAAUUUUUUUGGCGACUAUUUGUUACACAGAAAGAAAAAUUUCUUGACUGGAGAACAAAAUUCUUGGCUCAAG